AUAAUCAAUAUGUCAUAUUAAUUAAUUCUAAAAAUAUAACCAUAAAUUAAUAGAUUAUACUAGAUUACAAUCUGUGUUCAACUAACAUCCCUAUUGCAUAACAAUCCAACCCAUAAAAGGUUUUAAAGAAUCAAAUCCAGUAAUAAUUAAAUCUCCCAUUUUUCAAAAAAAUAUAAAAUAAUUAAAUCUCCCAAAACCAAAACAUGAAAAACACCACACAUGCAUACAGGUAACGAUGCACUCGUUUUUUAGUCUUGUAUUAACACUAAAAUCACCAGCCCAACAUUCCGACCCUUAGGUGAAGACCAUAAAAAUCUUGUGGGUUCAUAUAUGUCUGACCCUAGCGAAACGAAUCAACGAUGUACGUUUUCUUUCAACUCUUGUCAUCGAUUUAGUUGUUAUCUGAUGAUAUUUUCGUUUUGAUGACUAAAUAUAAGAAUAGAUUAGUUUACAAAAAAAAAAAAAUAUAUAUAUAAGAAUAGAUUGAUUACAUAUGUUCUUUUAUAAGGUUCUUUUUUUUUAUUAUAUAUAAUAACAUAUCAGCAAAUGUGUUUAACUAAAAGUACAAAAGAUUUUUUUCCUAUAGAGAUAAAGAUUACCUCCACAUGUUUUCCUAUAAAUACCAAACUAAUAACUAUUAUGCAAGAUUUGUUUACAUAUUAGUAAUUAUUAUGUUUGGACUGGAAAGAUUCCGAAUGAUAUGAUGCCUAUAUUAGCACUUAAAAUUUUACUUUCCAUUUAAAUUUUAUUUAUAAGAUUAUGAAUAUUUGCACACGGAUUUAAAUAAAACAUCAAAUCGGUAGAGUUUCAAAAAAUUGAUUAGGUUGUAAACCAUAAAAACUAAUCAAAUUACAUACUAACUAAACUGAAAUUAAAUUUGCACCCAAAACCAAACUUUUAAAGAGUUUGAGAUAAUAAAAUUGGAUCUGUUUAACCAAUAAAAAAAUUGGGUAUAAUAAUUAAAUGGGCCAAGAAUGAUUUUUCUUAUGUUUCUCCAUUUCUCCAGAUUAUAAAACAUUAAAAUCCCUAAAAAAGGCGCAAAGGUACACAAAAGUGGCUGUGAAAAGAAUAAACAAAAAAAUUUACAGAACACCUCAUGACUCAAAGGUAUGAUUUGUUCUCCCUCUUUGUAUCUUCUUUGAAGUAUCCUUACUGAUAAAUGCCAUAACCUUUUAAUAAGCUUCGAUGGUUCGUAUCAUCUAAUUUCUCGUAUCAAAUUUUCCAUUUAGAUUAGAUUCUAUCCAGCUAUGGCACUAGGUUAUGCCUUUGUUGUACAUCCACAAACACUUGCUUUCUCAUAUCGUAAGGAGGGAAGAAAACACUGAUGAUAGAUAUCAUACAAAUCGUUGCGUGGAUAAUUUUUUCCUUGUUGUAAUUAAACGCACUUUCAAAACAGGGUAGUAGUGUUUGUUACUCGGCCUUCGUAGUUGGUAACGAAACUCGUGAGUUGUUUCAUGUUCUUGAUAUCAAAUUAUCAAUCAUUUGUAUGUUAGUAGUACAUCUUACUAUCAAACUUCUAUUAGAUUAUUACAUCAAACUCCUACGUCUAUGAUUAUACAAAGACUAGCAACUUCGUGUUGAUGAACUUUGCUAUUUAUUUACUGGGGUUUUGAACAUGAUAGAAAAAUUCUGAUGGAAAUAAUGUGGCUAGUGAAAAGAAAAAUUUAUUUGUAUGAUUGUCAUAUAUGUAUGACUGUUUAUUUAUUUUUUUUUCUAGAUACUAUAACAACAAGAUGAACAAUGAAGAUCGUUGUGAAGUUUUAGAAAACUCAACUGAAGAAGCAACAACAUAUGUGGAACCCAUGUCUCCUCUCUCUAGUGGAGACAGUGGAUUCACUGCACUCUCUCCACUCUGUGACCACUACAACAAUCAGAUGAAGAUUGAUUCUCCUACUACUUGUUCAGAUGAAGAAAUCAUUGAGUCUUUGUAUCAAAACCUCUUUAGCAUCGUUCUCUGUCUUCAACUAGAGGAGUCUGGUAAUGAUGGUUCCAACACACACCUCUCUCCGCCUUGUCCUGGAGCUCCAAUGAAGCUUACAAGGUUUUCAAGAAACAUGGAUCCAGGAUUCCAAAGAAAGCUCUUCUCUAACAUAGGAGUUAACUUUUAGUCUUGUUAUGUUGCACAAAGAUCUUGUGGUAAUUUGUAUACUAUUUGUACUAAGUUGGAUUGUUUAUUUGAAAAAUGUCUUUUAAGAAAAAAAAUAAAAACAGCACUUGUCCCAC